CCUAAAGCAUCUCCUUAAGCCUUUCUCUAUAACCAUCCAUUAUCAGCUUACAACAACAAACUUCCUCUCAGUACAGUUUACCAUUAGCAGCACACUACUUUACAGGUUGUUGCUAACUCUCGUAUGACUUAGGAGCCCGUCAAGUUAGUGCAGGAGGAUUUCUAGUGACUUAGCCCCAAGCCUGUAAAAAUGCCGCGAUACUAUUGCGAUUACUGUGACACAUACUUAACGCACGAAUCGGCUGCUGUCAGAAAGCAGCAUAACUCUGGGUACAAACACAAGGCCAAUGUUCGCAACUACUACAACAACUUCCUGGGCACCAGCGAGAGCGCCUCGGGCGGCAGCGGCAUGGGCCCCAUGACCUCCUCACCAGCGGCCAGGCCGAUGGGGCCGAUGGGCGGAAUGGGACCCAUGGGUGGAGGCAUGGGGCCCAUGGGCGGCAUGGGGCCAGGCAUGAUGGGUAUGAUGGGUCGGCCUAUGGGCAUGAUGGGCGGCAUGGGGCCAGGCAUGAUGCGGCCACCCAUGGGCAUGAUGGGCGGCAUGGGCGGACCAGGCAUGAUGGGCGGAAUGAUGGGUCGGAUGGGCGGUCCCAUGGGAGGCCACAUGGGAGGGCCGAUGGGCGGACCCAUGGGUCCGGGCGGGCCCAUGGGAGGCCACAUGGGGCCCGGGGGCCCGAUGGGAGGCCACAUGGGACCCGGGGGCCCUAUGGGGGGGCACAUGGGGCCGGGAGGUCACAUGGGGGGCCCUAUGGGGGGACCCAUGCACGGAGGACCCAUGGGGGGCGGGCAAUAGCGGCUUUGGCAUGCAAGCUUGCGGGAGCGGUCCGGAGCGGGUCGGGUCUGCGGAGGAAGGAGUUGGUUGGGGGUUGGUUGCGCUGUCGCGGGCUGUGGUAGUGGCAUAUGGCGGUGGGUGUCGGAGUUGCGUGGGUUAGAAGUGUGGACAGGGCGUUACCGUCGCAUGGCGGUGUCCUGGCGGUGGUAUAUGGGGGCGUGCAGGCAUGCUAGUGGGCGUAACAUGUACGAGACAUGUGUAGAGUUGAGGGCUUCACUUUGCACACAGCUAACUUCGUAUACUCACGUGUGUGGAUCAAGGCAAAUCUGUGGACAAACAUGGCAGACGGGUCUAAGUAGCGGUGCACUAGGCGUGACAUGUCUGGGACAUUGACGUUGACAUCCAAGAUGGCGGAGUUGCUCUGGCUGGAGAAGAGAUGACCGGUUCCGUUUUGGACUGGAGUAUAUAUGUAAGGCUUAAUAUAAC